UUGCGAUAGCGCGCUAUUCCUGACAUUACCUUCCCAGCAUCAUUUUCUUUUUGUGGUUUGGCUUCCCACAAGGCCACGGAAGUUCUCCCCAAAACAAAGCCAAGUCCUUCCGUCGCACGGCCAUCAACGACGAUGAGGCUUUCGUCCACGCUUCGAUCCGUAAAAGGUUCUCGCCCAAUUCACACCAAAAGCACGCCAACCUCUUCCACGGCGUUGUCGCCCUCUUCGUUGUCCUCGACCUCAUCCUCCCUCCUCCGCAACCACCACAACAAGAAGAGAGGUGGAAAACAGCAGCGUCCCAAGAACGUUGGGUGGUCCGUCUAUCUGAUCGUCUCAUCUCGCCUGCCGCGGACUUAUGUGGGUGUCACCACCAACUUCUUACGCCGAUUGAAGCAACAUAAUGGCAUAUUAAAAGGUGGAGCAAAAGCAUGCUCUGCUGGAAGGCCUUGGACCCUUGCAUGUAUUAUUCGAGGAUUUAAGGACCGAAGUGAAGCUUGUGAGUUUGAAUCAAAAUGGAAGAGUGUCUCACGGAGAGUGCCAAGGAAAACGAAGCAAGACUGUGCUGCGAAUCCAUUAUUGGAGCAUCGUCGAGCUGCUUUAAACUGUGUUCGAGGAUUGUUUGAUUGCAGUUAUUUGCAAAUAGAAUGGCAAUCGAGCUUAUCUUAAUAUGUAACGGAACUCAUCAUCAAGCUGCAAACUCGUAGUAUCAGCAACGUCUUCGAGAUCUCUGGUUGGUGGAAAAGGAAUCAGUUUAAUUAUUCUUUAUUGUUUGAUUAAUGUUUGUCGUAACUUGUGAAAGAAAGGAGAAUCUAAACUUUUAGAUCAUAUUCAGUUUCCAAA